UUUUACUCAUAGUUCUUAUAUAUUUUGAUUUCCUUUGUUUCAGUUUCCAAAUUAUGAUGGGAAAUUAUUGUUUAAGUUCUUCAAUCAUUGCUGGAAGCUGUUUUUAAGAAAGAAGGAAUCCAAAUUUUUGAGCUUUGAAUUUGUGUUACAGUGCAGAGUUUGAUGAAUUCCCAGUCGAAUGGCCGCAGCCUGAGACCCAAAGGGAAGAGGGUAAAGCUGGCCUUUCAGAUUGGGUCGGUUUUGGCUGUUUGCUUAUGGUUGCUGUACCAAGCAAAGCAGUCUCAUGAUACGGACUACAGUGGAAGUGUACGCAAUGAGGUAAUUAUAGAACGUGGUUCUGGUAUUUUGGGGCGUAGAGUGAAUGCAGGCGGUUCAAGUCUAGUGGGAGAAAGCGUAAAUGAUGAAGUUCGAGGUGGUGGAGUUGAUGUAUCAGAUGGAAAUGUUGAAGAGAAGCACAAAGCAAGUGAUGAUACUGAUCAUGGAGAUCUUGGGAGACAUGAAGGGAAAGAAAGUGAAAAAAGGGUGGGAUUGAAAUACAAAGAGUUGAGCAAUGCUGAUGAUAUUCCUGAUAUUAAUAGUGAAGAGAAUUCAUUGCAAGAAGGAAACUCCCAGGUAGGACAUCAAGAUAAACAGGCGUCGAGGAUGUCUGAUCAGGAAGGUGAGAAAGAUGUGGAGAAUACUAGUCACCAUAAAGUUGGAGGGGAUGAGGAUGCAAUGUCACAUGUUAAUCAUGAUGAGCAAGGACAUGAAAGUGAUGCACAGAAGGAAUCAGACACGAAGGACUUCAGUUCUGAAAAUGAGUUUCUAGUUCCACCAACCGAAAGGAAGAAUGAUUCUCUUCAGGAUCAUAAUUCAAUGGUAGAUGGAGUCCAUGGCUUUGAUGAUGAGACUGGUGUUCCCGAAGAUGGUAACGAUAUCAUAGAAUCAAGAGUGACUGAAUCAAGUGGUGAUAGAGAAAUCAGUUUACAUGAAGAUAUGUAUACUACUUCAAGCAGGCAAAGUGAGAUCAAUGAAAGCACUCAAAGUGAAGAAGUUGUUGCUAGAGGAGAUAAUGCUAAUUUUGAAGCCAGAAGCAAUAUCUCGGUACAAGAUUCAGAACCCGAGGCAGAAACAAACUCCGAAACUAGUGUUCAUAUAGAUACAUCAAGGAUCAAUAGUACGAAUGUAACUAAACAGGGAGGCACUUCAGUUUCAGAUCUUUAAGUGAAACAGAAGAAGGUCCCAGACAUUAACGUUAUGCACGAGAUGAUGAAAAAGCUUAAAGAU